UUCGACUGUUUACUACGUUGUGUAUGACCGGUUGUUUUAUAUUUUGAGUUUACUAUAAAAACCAAAAUAAACUAAUUAUUAUUUAAUUGAAAGAUUUAUCUUAAUGUAAAGCCAAAAUGGCAUCAUUUGAACAAUUUGUAUUGAAAGUAAAACCAGCGUUGGACAUGUUCCUGCGGGCGCCCAACAGGGAGCAUUUGGAGCGGCUUCGCUAUGAACUGUUGCAAUUUGACUUUAGACAAAUGAAAGUAUUCCAUUCUCAAAUAUUGGCGCCACUCGUACUAAAAUUGGAAGAACUAAAUGGAGUAAAUCAGGACUUGAUGACGGGCAUUUUGGAUUGCGUGCGCAUUGUUAUGUCCAAGCUGUACUUAGAGGACAUACAGGAAUUGCGCACGUUGCUAGUAAUCGUGCUAAAGCAAAUUCGUGAAUCUGGUGCGAUCGCAACGCGUCCGAACAUAAGUGAGGAAUUAAAGUUGGUUUCAGUACAAUGCAUUGCAGAGGCUUUGCGCCGUUCCAGUAGUGAUGUAUUGGAGGAAUUUUAUAAGCAAGAAUCUGCUAUGCUCCUCGGGCAGAUACUAUUAUCGCUAGUUGAGUUUAUUGAAAAAGAAAUAUAUCGGAAAUUAGUAAUUGCUUCCAUAGUUUGUUUAAUGACAAUAUUUUAUGUGCAUGAUGAAGCAGAAUUUACAGAUGUAGUACUAAGAAAUCAAGUAGCCGAUACGAUUUUUAUAUUUUUGCCAAAAAUUGUUACUGUCUUGUUAAAAACUAGCCUUGCCGAUGAAAAAUUGGGUGAAACACUUAAAGCGACAGCCAUUAAAGCACUGGGUCGAGUACUGUGCGUGAUUUUCGAUCAUUCGGGUGAUGUAGUUGUCAAACACUGCUACGAUAAGAAUGAAUUUAAAAAUAUGUUUAUUGAGGCGUCACAACUUAAAAACGAUUCAUCUGAAUUCGAUACUUACGCAACGACCAACAAAAGCUCUCAAGAACAAAUUGCAAGUCGCCUGAAGCGUAUGCAAAGCAGUGGUCGCUCCAAAGAAUGGUUCAAGGAUACUUCAGUUAAGCUCCGCAUAGUUUAUACACAAACAAAUAUUUUGCGUUCGCACGAUUCACUGCGUGUGCGUACCGAAUAUGCACGUAUGUGUUGCAGUCUAAUAGAACGUUGCGGCCAUAACCUUUCAGGAAACUUUAUACUUUUACUCGAGAACGUGAUAUCGAUGUCGCAGGAUGAAGAUAAGAAUAUCAGUCAACUAUGUGCACAAACAAUAUCUCGGCUACAACAAGACAAUGCUAUUGAGAGUAUUUUUGACGAGUACGCCGAUACAUUAUUCGAUGAACAUUUAGCGAAAUUGCCACGCAUAAUCAAUCGCUGUGCCGACGCUGAGCAAUACGCUGAAUUAAUUUUCUUAAAGGGGUUUCUGAAAAAUUUAAGCGCGUCCAAAAUGAAGUCUCUGUUUUUGGUGCCGAAAAAUUUAGAAAUGCUUUGUAGAUGUCUGCUUUCAGCAGUUGAUAUGAAACUAUGUCGCAAUUUUUUAGCGGAGGAAUAUGCAGUACGAGAAGUUGUGGAGACUGAUUUUACGGAAUGUGCCAAACUCAGUUGGCGACAAUAUAAGCACUUGAAUAGCGAACGUUGCAUUAAAUUAGUGGAAGAUAUUUGUGUGAUUUUAGGCAAAACAAAAGGAUUAAGUCGUUUGAUGUAUGACUUGCUCUUGGAGUUGCUGGAUCAAAACAGUGAAGCAAUGAACGAAAUUUUGCUGAUAAUGCUGUGGGUCGGCGCAGGUGGUGAAAACCGAAGUAAUUCUACCAAUAUGAACUUGGUAGAAAUACUUACUGAAGAAAUCUUGAAUGAUAAACACUGGCACUUAGCACUGCGGCCUGAUGCCAGCUGGCGGCUGAAGGUGGAUAAGCCAACAAACUGGUUUGUGGACAAUACGCCCGGAUUAUACGAGUCGGCAGUAGAAAUUAGAACACAAGAUGUUGAUUCGGAUGAUGAAAAGGAUGCGGAUACAGUGAGCAGGUCACAACGUGUCACCAUUUUGGAUGCCGAAUUCAAUGUAUUACACACAUGUCUAGCUUUAGAUGUUUUAGGACACUGCGCGACAAAUUUUGGCGUUAGAUUUAGCAGCUAUAUAUUUCGUUGCCUACACAAAGUGCUUUUAAAAGUGGCAAGUAGCAACACAAUGGUUUAUCAAGCGGCCAACUUUUGCUUAGUCUCCAUACAGAAAGCGUUGAAAUUAGCAAGUAUCUCAGAAUUGAUUGAAGCACAUACGGAUUACCUCAGCUAUCAUCUGAAUACCAUUUUAAAGCGGUCACCUGAAAGCCACGCUGCAGUUGACAUAUUAACGGUACUGCUUCAACUAAGCACUCGCAGAGCGUUACCACAUUUGGAGAAUAUCUUCCAAACAAUAUACAAUGAAUGUAGUAAAUCCCAACAAUCGGAAAAUAUUAAUGCAUUUUUGCGUGUUUUCAAUGCGUUUUUGAAACAUGUCGCGCGCUGGCAAAUGUCAAGUGAUGUGGAGGUGUGCUCUGUGCCCAUGCAAGUCGAGGAUACACAAGAAGCAGAUCUCCUACAAAAUUGGCUGGAUAUAUUGGAAAGAACUAGUGCUUUUGUUGAGGAUGAAAGUGUGAAUAUGGAGAAUGACACAAAUGCAAAAAGUACAACAAACACCGCGGAUGAUGUUGAGAUGAAAGAUGAGGUGGCUGCAGAUGAUUUGAAGCCACAAUUGCCACGUCACAUACAAAUGGUUAAGGAUAUAACAACGCAGGUUUUAAAAUUUGUGGGUUUUGUUGACCAAACGCACCAGAUACUUGCGCUCGAGUGUUUAAUACAAGCUGUGCCUUUACUGCAUGAUUAUGAAGAUGAGCUGCUGCCAUUGGUGCACUUAACGUGGUCACCAUUGGUGGAGCGAUUUCGUAACAACGACGCUGUGGUUUUAAAUCGCUGUUUCACAUUGUUGAAUGUGCUGGCUACGCAUGCUAAGGAAUUCAUAUUGAAGCGAAGCUUAGAUGAUGUGAUACCUAAUUUGAAAGAUUUCUUGCAAAAAUCAGCGAAAAACAGCGUGAUGGAAACAAUAACCGCUCACACACAAGAGUAUAAACUGCAAGUGAUUCUGCUUGAGCAUUUUGCCAAUCUCAUUGAGAGCUUACAAAUCGAUGGCAAACAUUUGAAUGAUAUCGCUGAAAUUGUUUCGCUUUAUCUUGCGAAAGAACAGCCAAAGGAGUUGCAAGAAUUGGCCAUCCAGUUCUACCUACGUUUCCGUUUGUAUGACGGACCGCUAGCGUACAUGAUUGUGCUGAAGAAAGCGCACAUAAGCAAUUAUAAGGACAAUGCAGAAAAAGUGCUGACAAAUUUUCGUAUAAGUGGAAGCUCCAGUAGUAGUAUGUGAAUAAUGUUAAUGAAGUUUUACUGCAAUAACAUUUCAUUGACUCGGUCGGUGAAUUGGAAAUCGCGAUAAAAACGCGAUUACGUAAUCGGAACGACUCGAACUUUUAAUGCGAGUUGAUUCGGAAGAUUACCGAAACGGAGCAUUUUCAACACUCUUACAAUAAUAAUUGAACGAAAUCAACGAAGCACUUUUAACAUUUAACUGAAGAUGCUUGCUUACAAAUAAGAUAUUUAUAAUUCAAAUUACAUUGCGUGAACACUUGGAAAAUAAUAGUUAAGUUAAGGAGUUUUUCAUAAUUCACCCCCAUACUUUGCAUUCGUUCUGUGGGUGUAAAAUAAAACAAAAAUUGUUUCCAAUUUCUUGUAUUCAAUUAUACAUAUACGAAGUGUACCAGUAUAAA